UCGUCCCGGUAUAGGCGUCCCAACUGUUGGAUUCGGAAUGGAAUCACUCCCCGCGCCGCGAACAAACCAUCGCCCCCAUUUAUCCACUGUUGAGCACCUGAUUCCCAGAAUUUGAGUUCAAAAGAAUUUGAGGCUAGAAAUGCUCUACAGUCCCAUAGUACAGCCAAGAUAUAUGACUCUAUUAUCAGACCACAUCAUCAUCGCCACGCCACCAGCUAUUAUAAUAAGUUCCACUGGCUUCUCAGCCUCUCGUUUGACACUGCAGAGAGACCAGACAUGGAAGCAGCAGCCUCUUGCACUGCCAUGAACAGACUGAACUUCCCCUCGACCUCCCUUCCUCACAGGUUGUCUCAUCACCUUCACCCUCCUUCCUCCUUUCCUCCUCCAUGGAAGCAGGUCAACCCCAAAGUUGCCAUUUUUCUCACCUUCAGACACAACACAAGAACCAGCACCCUUCUCUCCAUCGCCACUCAUUGCUCCCCAAAACCCAACACAAACGCCAACAGCAGCAGCAACAGUGAGCAGGACCAGAACCCACCUGGUAAUGAACCCAAUCCUAGUACAGAAUUCCAAUCCUUAACCGACAAAUGCCGGUCUUUUUCCCCGCCAUCAUCAUCAUCACCUUCGUCUUCUUCUCAAAUAGUGUCCUGCUCUAGAGGGUUGGUCCUUGAUUUGGGCCCGGAAAGUUCUUGGGACUCGGCCGAGGUCGGGAGCCCCGUGGUGAAGCGGUUCCUGAGCGAUGAUGAGGAGAGGUGGUACAUGUGGUACCAUGGGAGUUCCGGCGGGGAACUUGAUGGUUUGGACUCGAUCGGGCUGGCGGUAUCGAGCAAUGGGGCCCACUGGGAGCGGGAGGUCCGAUCGCCCGAGCACGCCGGCCUUGUGAUGAGGUGUAGCAAGGACUGGUGGGCUUUCGAUACGGCUGGCAUUAGGCCGUGUGAGGUAGUGGUCAUGUCUAGCAGCAAGGUCAGGGCUGCCGGUGCUGUUUAUUGGAUGUACUACACGGGGUAUAGCUCCGAGAAGGUUAAUUAUUUGGAGAAUUCAUUGGAUUUCGAUCUUGAGAACCCGGAGAGGGUCUGUGGUCGUUCUGAUAAUGGCAACAUUUUCCAGUCCCUGCCUGGGCUAGCAAUUAGUCAGGACGGGAGGCACUGGGCUAGGAUCGAAGGGGAACACCACAGCGGGGCCCUUUUCGAUGUUGGGGUCGAGAAUGAGUGGGAUUCUUUAUUCGUGUCCAGCCCCACUGUAGUAUUCCACAGCAAUGGAGAUUUGAGGAUGUACUACCACUCCUUUGACAAGGAGAUGGGAGAACUCUGCAUUGGGAUCGCGAGAUCACGGGAUGGGAUCAAGUGGGUGAAGCUUGGGAAGAUCUUGGGAGGGAGGAGAGGGUGCUUUGACGAGUGUGGGGCAGUGAAUGCCCAUGUGGUGAGGGACCGGAAGGACGGGAAGUACUUUAUGGUAUAUGAAGGAGUGGACUCGAACGGAGAAAGAAGCAUCGGGUUUGCAGUAUCGAAUGAUGGGUUGAAGGAAUGGAGGAGGCCGGGAGAAGAGCCGGUUUUGAGGCCAUCAGAGGGGGAAGGUUGGUGGGACAACCGGAGGGUGGGGUCCCCAUAUUUGGUGCAGCUGGAAGGGAAGGAGAGUGAAUGGAGACUGUAUUACAGAGGUGUUGGGAAUGAAGGGAGGACUGGGAUUGGUAUGGCAGUUUCUGAAGGGAGUGACAUUGGAUGUUUUAGAAGAUGGACUUGUUUUCAUAUAUAGAGGAUCUCGAUGGUAAAGAAGAUGGCUUUGCCAUAUCGGAAGCUCGGGUUAUAUGCAGUUUGGUUGAGAGAGAACCUCGAUUCCUUCUCUUCCACAGCGAAUGUGGCCUUGACUUGACCCGUCGUGGUCUUGCCCCAGGAAGCAGAAGGCAUUCUGAAAGAAGCUGUUUGGGGAACGUUGCUCGUCGGGGAACGGGAACUAUAGAUCAGUUUGAGUCGGUCGAUGAGUUCCCAAGGGAUGCAUCCGUUCUUCCACUGGUUCAGGAUGAUAAGUCAGGCGGGGCCAAAUGCUGUUUGCAUUUUGAUUAAGGGGAUUCACUCAUUUAUUUUUUCUAGCAUACUUGAGAUUCGACAUAAUGGAAAGAAAUCUGUAGCAUCUGUUUUAUGAAAGAAAGGGUGAUUCAUUAC